UAUCAGAAGUGAUACGGAGCCCGAGCGGGACGCACGCUGGAUCCCGGCGGCUCUCGGUACAGGGAAAUAUGACGCUAAAGUCUGGAUAAAUGGUCAAUUUCAAGAUGAAGUUUUGCCAGUGUUGGCUUCUUUUUCUAUUAUUUCUUCCUUUAUCGAGUAUUUUAUGUUUUAGUGAGCUGUCCUUCAUCACAGAGCCCAGUGAUGUAACCGUGCUGCCAAAGAAUCCUGUGGUGUUGGACUGCCAGGCCCAUGGGCACCCUCCAGUCACCAUCAAGUGGCUAAAGAAUGGAGUUAGGCUGACAGAAAGUGAACACAUAAACUUUCUGCCCAAUGGCUCCUUGUUCAUACCAAAGACAAAGCAUACCAAGGAGGAUUCAGAUGAAGGAGUCUACCAGUGCCUCUCCCAAAACCGAUUUGGAGCUAUCUUAAGCCAAAGAUCACGUCUGACUAUCGCAAGGAUCACAGACUUUAAUAUACACCCCGUGUCCACGAUGGUGUCUGAAGGCUCUGUUGCACGAUUUUCCUGUGCAGUUUCUUCAACUCCCUCUGCCACCAUCACCUGGGAGUUCAAUCAAAGCACACUGCCACUACAAACAGACAGGAUAACAGUUUUGCCCAAUGGAGUACUCCAAAUUCACAAUGUACAACUGGAAGAUGCUGGACAAUAUCGAUGCGUGGCAACCAACAUCGGCUGUCGUUUAAAGAGUAGAGAGGCCACGCUGACAGUCAGCAAAGAUUUAGGCCCUAAAGCACGUCAGAGGCCCCGAAUCAUCGCUGGCCCGCAGAACCUUACCACAUCCCUUCACCAAACCGUGGUCCUGGAGUGUGUGGCCACAGGCAAUCCGUCACCCAUCAUCUCCUGGAGCCGUGCUGACAGCAAACCUAUUGAUGUUUACAAUGCCAAAGUGCUGGGGAAUGGGAAUCUGGUCAUUACCGAUGUUAACUCCAAGCACAGUGGAGUCUACCUCUGCAGGGCCUCAACACCUGGAACCCGCAACCACACUAUUGCAGCAGCUAACCUCACAGUUCUAGUGCCACCAAACAUUGUUGAGAUCCCCGAGAGCCAAACCCGUCCAAGAGCAGGCACCGCCCGAUUUAUGUGCCAAGCGGAGGGAGUGCCCCCGCCACGCAUCAGCUGGCUGAAGAAUGGAGAGGAGGUUCGCCUAAAUGGGAGGAUUAAAAUGUAUAACAGUAAAUUGGUGAUCACCCAGAUUAUCCCUGAAGAUGAUGCCAUCUAUCAGUGCGUGGCAGAGAACAAACAGGGUUCUGUGCUGUCUUUGGCCCGCCUCAUUGUUGUCAUGUCCGAGGACAGGCCCAGUGCUCCCAGGAACGUCCAUGCUGAGACCAUCUCCAGCUCCGCCAUCUUACUCGCCUGGGAGAGACCACUCUACAAUGCUGAUAAAGUUAUUGCCUACUCCAUCCAUUAUAUGAAAGCAGAAGGACUAAACAACGAAGAAUACCAAGUUGUUAUUGGCAACGACACAACCAGUUACAUCAUCGACGACCUGGAGCCGGCACGAAACUACAGUUUUUACAUCGUGGCUUAUAUGCCAAUGGGAGCCAGUCGAAUGUCAGACCAAGUCAGUCAACAUACUCUAGAGGACGUGCCUCUGCGUACCCCGGAGUUAACUCUGACCAGCCACAGCUCUACAGACAUCCAGGUGAGCUGGCAGCCACUGCCGGCCAAGAUCAGCCGUGGACGUAUGAUGGCCUACAGGCUUUCCUAUCGCACCGCUACUGAUGACACCGUCACCAACGUGGAGCUGCCGCACAACAGCACUGAGUAUCACUUAGAGGGCCUGCAGCCAGACACUAUUUACCUGCUCCGCAUGGCUGCAGCCACACGUGUGGGGUGGUGUGAGCCCUCAGCAUGGACCUCACACCGUACACCCAAGAUCUCCAGCAAUAAAGUGCCUUCAGCCCCAGUUCUUCAACUUGAACCUCUUAACUGCACCUCCAUUGUGGCUCGCUGGCAGACCUCCCCGGAUUCUGUGGCUGUUCAGGGUUUCCGGCUGUGUUACCACGAGGAAGGCCAACCGGAGCAGCCUAGCACCCUGCUGCCAGCUCAAACCCGUGCCCACACUAUCGGCGGCCUUGAUCCAAGGAGAAAGUAUCACGUCAAGAUUCUGGCUCUCAGUAAAGUUGGAGAUGGCUAUCAGACCGACCAAACAAUUAGUACUCCAGGAUGUGUGUCGGCUAGAGACCAGGUGGCGGCAGCCCCGCCUCCUCCACAUCAAGUCACCGUCUUAACCAGCAACUCCUCUGCUGUGUCCCUGCGCUGGAGUCAUCCUGCCUUCGCUCCUGGGAAAGCUGUCAGCUUUACAGUCCGCUGUACACCUGUGGGCACCCACAAUGUCUCUGCUAUACGCUACCUGCAAACUACCAAGCAGAGUGUGAUUGUGCAGAAUUUGAUCCCAAACACUCGUUAUGAGUUUGUGGUUCGUCUGCAUGUGGACCAGAUGUCAAGCCCCUGGAGUCUGGUCGUUUACCAUCAAACCCUGCAGACAGCACCUAGUCAACCUCCCGCAGGAGUACGAGUAACUCUGAUCGAGGACGACACCGCCCUGGUGUCCUGGAGGGAGCCCACCGAGCCCAACGUGGUGGUCACACAUUAUACCAUCUUAUACACGUCACAGAAGGCUUGGAUGACUGGACGCUGGCAGAGAAUACAGAGAGAGGGAAGUCACACAAUGGCCUUGUUAGAGAAGCUGGAGCCGGGGAACGUCUACCUAGUGAAGUUAUGCGCCUCCAACAAGGUCGGUGAUGGACCUUUCUCUGACACUGUGGAGCUGCCACUGAACCAUGGAAGUGUCCACCGCAGCAAGAACGUUAGGCACUCCGACACCAUCCCAGAUCCAGCAGGGUUUUCGGAUGAUCUGUACCACAUAAACCAGAGGUCCAUGACAGGGAUCAUGGUUGGUGUAAGCAUUGCAUUAACCUGCAUCGCCAUGUGUGCCCUGAUCCUGAUCAGCAAGGGCAAGCCAAGAAAAUCAUCCAGUCCCAAAAUGAUUGCUGUGGGAGCGUCUGAGGUUUCUGGUUUGCAGCUGCCCAGUGACUUCCACUCAGAGAACGUUGAAGCCCUUUUACCCAUGAUAAGUAACUUCAUAGAUGCAAAGGGUGGAUCUAACAUCGUCAUAAAUAGUGCCGGUCCAGUCAGCAACAAGACUCAAAGCAGCAGGUGGCUGCUUUUCAAAAAUGACAGAAAUCUACCUUCAAGUGAUGCUGAAACGAGAGCCAGCUUGUAUGAAGCCGGUAAGACCGUCCUGAGAUACGAUGAGCGUCCAGGCUCAGCUCCUCUGCCCACUUCCACCCAGGAGAUCCUCUUCGGACCCCUUCACUCGAAGAAACCCGCCGGCAGCCAGGAAACGGGAGACUCUGGACACUACUCCAACGAAGAAAGCAAUGAAGACAUGAGCCCCCCCGCCACCAGCCACAGCUCGAUGACUGAAUCUUCAGAGUCGGACGGUGGCGGCACUGAGCUGAAGCCGACUUUGAAAGUGGAAACAGAAACGACGCAUCCUUUCCCUCACGUGGCCUCCGGUGCUUCCUGGCCCUCCGGCUCCUCGAACGUCUCUCACCCCGCCCUGCUCACUCGGACGGCAGCCGGCACCUGAACCUCGCCGGGUUCUGGGUCUGCUCCUCGGCGCCCAAGGCUGCACCACUUCUACCUCUUUCACUUCCUGAAAGGAGCCCCUGCAUGAUGGCGUGGGGGGGUUCAGGAAGCCAGCUGCUGCAGUGGAAGAAAUGUGCACUCGCUUCGGACGAACAAACCUCAGGAUUUUGUAUGAAUGUCUUUUGCAACUUUUUUUGGACAACUUUCUACCUGUUUGUGUGUUUGGCAGAGUCUGUCCUAACCAAAGCUCACCCAUGAUGAAUGUUUUUUAAAAAAAAAGUCAGAAUGUACUGGGAUACAUUUGCAUUAUAUUUAAUGACUUUUCCACUAAAGCGGAAGAUGAAGUGGAUCCCCUCCUUUUUUGUUGGAUUAUCUACCUCAACCUUACUACCUCCUCUUCAUCACAUUUUCUGCAGUAUUAUCUGACACUCAGGGGACAAAGUGAAAAACUUUAUUUCCUUUUAACUUCCUUUAGGAUAUUACAUGCUACUCUUUUAUUUUCAUGGUUGAAAGAGCUUUUGUUUCACUUUUUUUUCAUCUUUGUUGUGAAGAUGACAAGUGCAUUAGAUUUUGCCAAACUAUUUUUAGCUUUAUCAAACGAUAUCGUUUGGCAUUUUUAGUGCACUGAACUCAAAGCUUUAGCAUUGCCUUACAAUAGGAAGGGCUUUACAUACUAUAAAUAACUAGAUCCAAAGACAGAGAGAAACUGUACCCAAAGAAUGUUUGAUGAUACAAAAGAAAACUAUAAGGCAACCAAAAAAAAUAUAGCAGAUGUACAGUGAGGGAGUGUUUGUCAAAAUAUUGUGUUUGCCAGAGAUGUAAGAAAAAGAAUUCUUCAAAUGAUGUCUCUGUAAACGUUUUUAGUGCUUUAAUCUGGUGAAAGCUUUAGCACAAGCCCUGUGCUCCACCUGCCUUCUAGACCAUUGCUAUUAUCCAAAGAGUUGUCUUCUUCCUCAGAUGGGUACGGCUUAUUUUAUAUACAGAUGAUCCUUGGUACGAUGCAGUGGAAAGUAUUGUCACAAGACCAAAGAUCCGGUGUGUCUGCCAGUGAUGGAUGAUCAGAAUUAUUCCUAAGUGAGGGAAUCAUUUGUCACAAUUCAUAAUUCAUAUUUUGUAAGGGUGAAGAAUUCUCUUCUCUUUGGUGUAUUUCCUGUCCAGGAGUGACAGUGAAGGAUUCUGACUAUCAUAAUAGAAACCCUCUUUGUGAAGAGCAACAUAAUCAUUUUCUAUAUCUUUGUAAUACAAAAUAAUCCUGACCAAAGGAACUCAGCUUCUGUUAUGUAGUGAUUUCAUUUGGUUUUCAUUUACACUUCAUAUGUGAUUUGCUUUCAAAAGUGAUUAUUUUGAAUAGGUUUGGUCACUAGAAAGGCCUUUUUCCAGUUAUUGUUUCAGCUUGAAAUGUAAAAACACCUAAAUGAUUUUUAGGUCACGUUGGAAAAUUCAGAUUUAGAUUCUCCAUUUUUUCCCAUUUCUUGUUUUUAGCACAACGUUGUAAACCAAAACAGUUCUCAAAUCAUAAUGUGACAUUUCCCAAAACGUGUCCCACUUCUAAUUGAGUUUGUCGGAGUGAUAAUUUCAGUUAAACUUAACUUGGGAGUUCAUGGUACCGUUGCUGUCACAGGUUUUGGAUUUAGCUGUAGAAUGUAGUUUUCACUGUUAUUUAAGUUUUCCAAUGUUUUUGAGUACCAAAAUGCAUUUUAUAAACCAAAGUGAGCAACAAAAUAUAAGAUUUUAUCUGCUGAAAUGUUGCAACAGACUUUUUUUGAUACUCUCAAGUUUGUAACAAAGAUUAGGUAAUAAAAUUGUUUCUGAAAAACAUAA